UUGACAGUAAGUAGGAGGGUUUCACGAAACAGGAAAACGAGUAAAGGGGGGGACAGGAAUAAUUUUUAGGAUAUAUAUAUAUAUUUUCGUGUGUGCAAUUCUAAGAAAUUAAUGGCCAUGAGCUCGUUUUUGAUCAACUCCAACUAUGUGGACCCCAAGUUCCCACCCUGUGAAGAGUAUUCCCACAGCGAUUACCUUCCCAAUCACUCGCCGGGAUAUUACAGCAGCCAGAGGCGAGAGAGCACUUUCCAACAUGAAGCGAUGUACCAGCCGCGGUCAGCCUGCAACGAGCAGCUCUACUCGUCCUGUCAGAGCUCCGGCCACCAAGCAGCGGUGUUAUCCCCCCGGGGUCAUGUCCAUCCUCCUGCCGGACUGCAGAGCCACCUCUCUGAACCAAACCAUCCCUGCGAGCCGGGCACCCCCAGCCCGCCACCCUCCUGCAGCCAAAACUCUCUGAACCAAAGCCCUUCUAAUUCCUCUUGCAAAGAGCCGGUAGUUUACCCCUGGAUGAAAAAAGUCCAUGUAAGCACGGUAAACCCCAAUUACUCAGGAGGGGAACCGAAACGCUCCCGCACAGCGUACACCAGGCAGCAAGUCCUGGAGCUGGAGAAGGAGUUUCACUAUAACCGCUAUCUCACCCGGAGGCGCAGGGUCGAGAUCGCCCACUCCCUCUGCCUCUCCGAGCGCCAGAUCAAAAUCUGGUUCCAGAACAGGAGGAUGAAAUGGAAAAAAGAUCACAAGUUACCAAAUACCAAGAUCAGGUCUAACUCUUCCAGCUCCUCCGCCAGCCUGCAGAUACAACAAGGAGGUUCUCAAAACCGAUCCAAUGGACCAGCCACCAGCCUAUAACUUACUCCUUGUAUGGAUGAGUGUGUGUUUGUGGGUGUGAGUUGGUGUGAGUGUGUGUAGGGAACACAUGAUAUAUAUUUUUUUUUAUGCUCCAGGAAGCCAGGGAAGGAGGGGUACUCUUUAUUUAUAGGGGGAGCAGAGGGAGACUCAGCUACAACAAAGCAGAGAUGCGCUGUUGUGCCUCUCUUCCAUUAAAAGGAGGCUGUAGAUAGUAGUUUUCAGAUUUGGCUAAGAUGGAUCCUUGUUUCAUCUUUAAUCACGCCAAGCUCUGCCCCAUUUGUCAUGUUUACUCUCCCGUACAAAGGAUGGACCUUAUGUCUGCUAUUACCUCGACAACCAGCGUUCACUUUAAUAAAUGAGGCUCAGUUUCUCCAAGACGAACUGGAUCACCCCCCCACCACCACCACCCCGCGUUAUUUUUCCUCCUUUUUUUCUUUUCUCGCCUACCAGCCACAAAACGAAAGUUUCUAUUCAGACAUCCCAAAGACGCGGCAGUUCUAUCACAGCCCUGCGGUGGAGAAAAACAACAAACUCAACAAAAAAUCCCGGUCGGCUCCACGUUUUACAAGGACCGUGGGGACUGGAGAGAUCUUGGAUACCGGGGUGUUCGUGCAGCCCGGGGUGGGGGAGGAGGGAACCACUAAAACAAAGUAAAAUUAUGUUCAGUGGGCGGUGGACAAAGAAACCAAGAGAAGGGACACUUAUGUGGGCCCCCCCUGCCAUGUUUGAGUUCAGCAGGUUUAUUACUUCGCUUGUAAG